CUCCCUUCUAAGUCCACUUCCUCUCUGCUCCGCUUCCGUUACUUUCCCUUCAUUCAAACCUCUCCACUUCCCCUCUCUCCCUCUCUCUUUUGCUUCGCUCGGCUCGAGUCAUGGGAGAUCGUGAGCUUAUCGGCGGCUUUGCUAAAGAGGCGGCGGUUUAGGGAGCGGGGGUGGCGAGUGAUCGGUCGGGGUGGAUGGCAAUGGAGGAUACGAAUAGCUGCAAUAGCCGGUCUGGGUCGGCGGCGGCGGCGAAUCCAUGGCAGCAGCAGCGGGACAAGCUCGACGUGUACAACGAGGUCAUUCGCCGCCUCCGUGAGUCUGGAAACUCCGAGGCGUUUUCUCACUCCUUCGAUGACGAUCUAUGGGCUCACUUCAACCGUCUUCCGGCUCGAUAUGCAUUGGAUGUGAACGUGGAGAGAGCGGAGGAUGUUCUGACGCAUAAGAAACUGCUGGAGAUGGCCAAGGAUCCUGGGAAUAGGCCUGUUUUUGCGGUUCGUUUAGUUCAGGUGUCUCCACUUCAGAAAAGAAAGAUAGAUGAUCCUGAUGAGGAAGAUGAUACACAUUGCUCCUCAAGUUACUUCAGGCAGAGUCAUCCUCCUCCUGCUUUUGGCUCAUCCCCAAACCUGGAGGCUCUUGCCCUUGAAGCCAGCAAGCAAAUUGUGCAAGAUGGAGACAAUGUUUCAGUUGGCAGUGUGCAUUUCUUUACUAGGCCUAUGCAUGAAAUAACAUUUUCAACUGAUGACAAACCAAAGCUUCUCAGUCAGCUGACUUCUCUUCUUGCUGAGCUUGGUCUUAACAUUCAAGAAGCGCAUGCAUUUUCAACAAAUGAUGGCUACUCACUAGAUGUCUUUGUUGUCGUUGGUUGGCCAUACGAGGAAACUGAGCAACUUAAGACUGCAUUGCAGAGGGAAAUUCAAAAUAUGGAGAGGCAAGCUUGCUUACAGCCCCUUCCACGGUCUCCUAUAACAGAAAAAUUUUCGGUUGGGGGGUGCUCUCAAUCCUUUCAUCCUGAUCAUGUUCAAAUACCAACUGAUGGAACUGAUGUGUGGGAAAUUGAUUUCAGGAUGCUUAAAUUUGAGAGCAAACUGGCAUCUGGGUCAUAUGGAGAUCUGUUUCGGGGAACAUACUGUAGUCGGGAUGUUGCUAUCAAGGUACUCAAGCCUGAGAAAUUAAGUGAAGAGAUGCAGCGUGAAUUUGUGCAGGAAGUCUACAUCAUGAGGAAGAUCCUCCAUAGAAAUGUUGUUCAAUUUAUUGGCGCAUGCACUAGACCACCCAGCUUAUGCAUAGUUACAGAAUUUAUGUCUGGGGGAAGUGUAUAUGACAUUCUUCACAAGAAAAAAGGCAUUUUUAAGCUUCCAGCUUUGCUGAGAGUGGCUAUUGAUGUCUCGAAAGGAAUGAACUAUUUACAUCAAAAUAAUAUAAUCCAUAGGGACUUAAAAGCUGCCAAUCUUUUGAUGGAUGCAAAUGAGGUUGUCAAGGUAGCAGAUUUUGGUGUUGCGCGUGUGAUAGCCCAAACUGGAGUUAUGACAGCAGAAACAGGAACAUAUCGUUGGAUGGCUCCUGAGGUCAUAGAGCACAAGCCAUAUGAUCAAAAGGUUGAUGUCUUCAGUUUUGGAAUCGUGCUGUGGGAGCUAUUAACGGGGAAGCUUCCUUACGAGUACCUAACGCCUUUACAAGCAGCGGUUGGUGUGGUUCAAAAGGGCUUGAGACCGACAAUUCCGAAGCAUACGAAUCCAAGGCUUGCUCAACUUCUCCAAAUGUGCUGGCAGCAGGACCCUCUACAUAGACCGGGCUUCUCUGAGAUUCUGGACAUGCUUCAUCUAAUUACCAAAGAGACCAGAGAUGAUGAGAACAGAAAGGAAAAAACUUCAGGAGGCAUUCUCUCUUCAUUUGGACGACAUUAGAAGAGUAAGCUUUCGAACUAUUCUUUUUGGCUAUAUAUAAUCCUUAAUUUAUUUUUUUAAGAUCUGCAAAUUAAUCUGUUUUUCAUGACCUGCUCCUAAUUUUGACUGCUUAUUUAUCUUUUUCUUAUGAAUGCAAUUCUAU